UCUCUGUGCGGAGGAGCAGAAACAAGAAACUAAAGAAAAAAAAAAAAGCACGUAAAAAAGCGCUGUAGAAGAGCAGAGCAAAUUAAGCAGCCCCCGGAUCCGCUUGGGUUUGCGCUUGCCAAAAAUGCACCAUGCAUCUUAAUUCGCUCUGCUGCUCAGCUCUCACACGCGGCUCUCCUGGUGCCAUUUCGGCGCUCUCAGGCCAGCCUCUCCAACACUUCAUUCUUCUUCGGGUGUGUGCGUGUGAUGGCAGAAUCUGCUGGUGCAAGGGAGCGAAAGAGAUCCCCCCCCCUUGCCUUGCAGCUCGCCGGGCAGUUCCAGACGAUCCACUGGGUCCCCGUUGCAUUGUUCCCAGCCGCCUCUAUUUUGGCGGGGGUGCAUUUUCUCGAAAGUGCUUCUUGGGCGCUCUCCAAUCUAUUUUACACCCACCCCUGGGAGCUGCCUGUUAUCUCCCCGGGAUCCUGAGCAAAGAAACGCCUAACCCGGAAUCCGCGCCGGGGUCAGGCUCCUCGGUUUCAGUGCGUGUCUUUCCGGCGGGCUGUCCGGAUUGCAGCGAAAAAAAUAAAAUAAAAUAAAAAGGAGAAAAAGAAAGUAAAAGCAGCGGAAGACAAUCUCCCCUCCCCCUCUUCUCAAUUGCAAUCCCAACUGGAACUUUCCCUCUUCCAGCCGGGAUGCCUUUCCUCCUCUCCAGUCCUCAGCUUUGAUCCCAGCCUCUUCUUUUAAGUGGAAGGGGAUGGGGGGUGGGGAUCCUUUUUAUUGCAGAGAGGGAAACACGCCGAGACGGGAUUUCUUUGCAGGCACUUGUGCAAUCUAGCUCUACGGAUACGCAUAUAUUUUUGCACGCAUCUCCUGCUGCAGCAGAUCCAGCCAGCGUGGGGGAGGGCAUGGAGAGGGUGCACCCUCCUCUCCUGAUCCUCUCUUCUUGCCUCUGUGUGGGUUUUUUUGCAGAAGCAGCAGUCGGAGAUGGAUGUCUCUCUUUGCCCUACCAAGUGCAGUUUCUGGAGGGUAUUUUUGUUUUGGAGCAUUUGGGGAGACUAUCUGCUUUCGGGGCUGGCUUGCCCUGCGAAUUGCCUUUGCAGCAAGACAGACAUCAAUUGCAAGAAGCCGGAUGAUGGGAACCUCUUCCCUCUCUUGGAAGGGCAGGAUUCAGGCACCAGCAAUGGGAACACCAGCAUCAACAUCACUGACAUCUCAAGGAACAUCACUUCAAUACACAUAGAGAACUGGAAGAACUUGCAGACGCUGAACGCUGUAGACAUGGAGCUGUACACGGGACUCCAGAGGCUGACAAUCAAGAACUCAGGACUUCGCAGCAUCCAGCCGCGAGCCUUUGCCAAGAACUCUCAUUUGCGCUACAUAAACCUCUCCGAUAACCGGCUUACCACACUGUCAUGGCAACUCUUCCAGACACUGAGACUUUCUGAACUGACACUUGAAAGAAACCUUUUUAACUGCAGCUGUGACAUCCGCUGGAUUCAGCUCUGGCAGGAGAAAGGUGAAGCAAAUCUGCAGAAACAGGAGCUGUACUGCAUGAACAUGGAGGCUGCUGUCAUUCCCCUGCAGGAGAUGAACAUCACCCAGUGUGAUCUGCCCGAGAUCAGCGUCAGCCACAUUAACCUGACUGUGCGGGAAGGCGAGAAUGCGGUGAUCACGUGCAAUGGCUCAGGCUCGCCGCUGCCUGAUGUAGACUGGACAGUUGCCGAUCUGCACUCCAUCACUACUCAUCAGACGAACCUCAACUGGACUAACGUUCAUGCCAUCAAUUUGACCCUGGUGAAUGUCACCAGUGAGGAUAACGGUUUCCUCCUGACAUGUAUUGCUGAGAACGUGGUGGGAAUGACCAAUGCCAGUGUGCUGCUCACGGUCUACUAUCCGCCACGCAUUCAGAGCCUGGAAGAGCCAGAGCUACGUCUGGAGCACUGCAUUGAGUUUGUGGUGCAUGGGAACCCGGUGCCCAGCCUUCACUGGCUGCACAAUGGUCAGGUCCUCAGGGAGACUGAGAUCAUCCGCAUGGAGUUCUACCAGCAGGGUGAAGUGUCUGAGGGCUGUCUACUCUUCAACAAGCCCACUCACUACAACAAUGGCAACUACACCCUCGUGGCCACUAACCAGCUGGGGACAGCCAACCAGACCAUCAAAGGGCACUUCCUCGAGAAGCCCUUUCCAGAGAGUACGGAUAACUUUGUUUCAAUUGGUGACUAUGAAGUGAGCCCCACCCCACCUAUCACUGUGACCCACAAACCAGAGGAGGAUACAUUUGGGGUAUCCAUAGCAGUUGGGCUUGCAGCUUUCGCGUGUGUCCUCUUGGUGGUGCUCUUUAUUAUGAUCAACAAGUAUGGUCGAAGAUCCAAGUUUGGGAUGAAAGGUCCCGUGGCAGUGAUCAGCGGGGAGGAGGAUUCUGCCAGCCCCCUCCAUCAUAUCAACCAUGGCAUCACCACACCCUCGUCGCUGGAUGCUGGCCCGGACACGGUGGUGAUCGGCAUGACCCGUAUCCCUGUCAUCGAGAACCCCCAGUACUUCAGGCAGGGCCACAACUGCCACAAGCCAGACACAUAUGUUCAGCAUAUUAAGAGGAGAGACAUCGUUCUGAAGAGGGAACUGGGAGAAGGUGCCUUCGGGAAGGUGUUCUUGGCCGAGUGCUACAACCUUAGCCCCACCAAGGACAAGAUGCUGGUGGCAGUGAAGGCUCUGAAAGACCCCACUUUGGCAGCCCGCAAGGAUUUCCAGAGGGAGGCAGAGCUGCUCACCAACCUGCAGCAUGAGCACAUUGUCAAGUUCUAUGGGGUCUGCGGUGAUGGGGACCCUCUCAUCAUGGUCUUUGAAUACAUGAAGCAUGGGGACCUGAAUAAGUUCCUGAGGGCGCAUGGCCCAGAUGCUAUGAUCCUGGUGGAUGGGCAGCCUCGACAGGCCAAGGGGGAGCUGGGGCUGUCCCAGAUGCUGCACAUCGCUAGCCAGAUUGCCUCUGGAAUGGUGUACCUUGCUUCCCAGCACUUCGUCCACAGAGACCUGGCAACCAGGAACUGCUUGGUCGGAGCCAACCUGCUCGUGAAGAUCGGAGACUUUGGGAUGUCAAGAGAUGUCUACAGCACUGAUUACUACAGGGAAGGGCCGCAUCCGAAGGGCCAAUGCAGCGCAGCGUGGCAGCGGCAGAGACUAGCACGACCAGCAGCUAAAACAGGGGCCUCUACGUUAUUCACUACACACCAUACAACAUCUGCAGUGAAAGAGGAAAGGAUGCUGUGGAUACCACCCUCAUUCAUGACACACCAUACAAUAUCUGCAGUGAAUGAGGUUGGAGGACACACCAUGCUGCCCAUCCGCUGGAUGCCCCCUGAGAGCAUCAUGUACCGGAAGUUCACAACGGAGAGUGACGUGUGGAGCUUUGGGGUGAUCCUCUGGGAGAUCUUCACAUAUGGGAAGCAGCCCUGGUUCCAGCUCUCAAACACAGAGGUCAUCGAGUGCAUCACCCAAGGCCGAGUCUUGGAGAGGCCUCGAGUUUGUCCCAAGGAGGUUUAUGACAUCAUGUUGGGCUGCUGGCAGAGGGAACCUCAGCAGCGGCUCAACAUCAAGGAAAUCUACAAGAUCCUUCAUGCUCUUGGCAAGGCCACACCAAUCUACCUGGACAUCCUUGGCUAGCAGUGGCCACUUGUCAAAAGUUCCUGCUCCUUCCUUCCUCCACCCAUCCUACCUCCUCUGCUCCCCACCCCUUUCAGCCCCCAAGCAAACAUCUUCAUAUAAACUCAAGUGCCUGCUACACAUACAACACUGAAAAACAAAACAAAACAACCUGUAAGGCAGUUUGGCUUAUAUAUAUUUAUAGAUAUAUAGAUAUAGAUAUAUAUACCUUCCACACCAAUACAGAAAGAAGCUGCUGUUACAGAAACUAUAAGACUUUAAAAAAUAAAACAAAAAAGAAGAGAAGAAACUUAAAGUACUUAAAAAAAAAAAAAGGAGGAAUCUUUUCCCCCAAGCUGUGGAGAAGUGAAACAUGACCUUGCUGUGCUUUGUCCGCUCGGGCUGAGCUCAAGACUCUUGCUAGCGCAGAGACUCAGUCCCAGGGAAAAGCUCUGGGAGGAGACCCUGCCCCGUUUGUAAGAUAUGCACUGAAUGUGUGACUCAGUCCCUGCCUGGACAUUUGGGCUCUGAGCCAGGGCAGUGCCCCUGGAGGAACUUGCAAUUCCACCCGCCCACCUUCCCACCCUUUUCCUCCUUUUGACAUUGCAGGACAAUUUUUCUAAUUUGCCAAUUCUUAAAUGUAUAGACUCAAGGCUUUCGGAACAUACAGUAAAGGAUCGCGGCACCUACGGGUAAACCACACACGAGAAACAGCCACCCUCCCACAGAACACAGACAAGAGGAACUGAACCUUUCUAUUGCCCAGCGCCAAUCCUUUGUCAGACUCUGGGGAUCAGUGCCGGGGACCAGAGCAGCUGCCUGGGAGAGCCAUACAGAGAGCAGAGUUGGGGAGGGGUCUGUGCCAUUGUAAGGAUGCUUUGACCUCACUUUGGCAUGCGGGACAGGCACCCAGCCCAUGCGUCGCCCCCAAAUAGGGGGUGUUUUUGAAAGCAAAACCAUCCACCCUGCUUAUUUUGCCAGGAGACAUGGUAGAGAUGUGAGGAGAGCCCCCGCCAUACAGAUGGGCCAAAUUCAUCCCUGGCGCAACAGCGCUGAAAUCAGGGCUUUCCCCCCCCAGCGUGUGUUCAAAGGCUGUAGUUUGUCAUCUGGCUGGGGACUGGCUUGCACGGCUUCAGGGGUGCUCUUCAGGGUUAGUACGCCAUGCUGCCCCUCCUUCCUUUCCCCCACCUCCACCAUCCACCCCCCUCUCCCUUGGUCCAAUACCUAGUAUAUCUGCCAAAGGGAUGGGGGUGGUGCAGGGGAAACGAAGGGGUCUGGGAGAUGGCUGGGAACCUAUCAGCACCUGCCCAGGCCCUGUUGACAUUCCCCUCACGUCUCCAGGCCCUGAAAGGAUUGAUGCAUCUGCCUUUGAGCUGCUGUGAAAAUGCAGAGGCUGAAGAAUAGCUCCACUGGUAACCCGGGGAGCUGGGGGGAGGGGAAGGUGGUGCUUUCCCGAGUAGACGGCUCAGCAAAUGGCCACUGCGGCCAGCCUUGCAUGUCAAUGAGGACAAAGGCCUGGCCAAGGGGACUGGGACAGCCAAGGGAGGGGCAGAGAAGCAGUCCCUAUCCCACGCCCCCAUCAAUAAAAGGAAUCAACUUCCUGGCAAAAGGCUUCCUCAGAGGUGGGCUCCUGCUCGAAGCAGGCCUGGGAAACAAAACAUUUCUGGUUCGUUUCUCCUCUGGCUAAUGGAGGAUGAGGGGACAACAUGCCGCUUGGCAGCUCUAGCCAGGAGGAGGGUGCUGUCAAGGCAGAGUUUGAAAGGUGACAGCUGUAGACCCAGAAAUAGCUUGUUGGGAUGUGGCCCUUGUCAUGGAAGGAGUGGGGGGAUCUUCUCUCCUCCCCCCAUCCAACACCCCCCUCCCAGAGCAAUCGACAGGGCAGGCUGCAUUCGAGAAAGGAUGCUUCUGUCCAGGUGGUGACAUAGUUGUGGCUCGCUGCACAGAGGAAACCCCCUUCUCCGCCCCAUACAAUCACCCCAUUUAUCUGAAGCUGUCUUGCUGCUGGCUUAAAUCAGAGGAGGGGGCCCUGGCACAGGGAGGGGAAGAAAGCAGAUCCAGGGGAAGGCCCCUCUGGUGCUAGUGGAGUAGAGUCUGCAGGGGCUGAGGCUGCUGGAGAGGGGUGGGUGCAGUGGCUUAUUUGGUCCAGGUGGUGCUUGCUGUAAUAAAGACAUUGGGGAGGGGAGGGGAGACAAAAUGUGACUCCUUGGCCCGCCUUACAAAAACCAGGAUCUGUCAGUGCUUGGCGGUAAGGGGCGAGGCCAGUGCAGCAGACUCUGGAGUCAGGGCAGUGUGCUGGGUUGUUUCGUUACAAUGCUGAAUGAUUGUGUACGGGUCACUUUGAAUAACAGAACUGAGCUGUUGGCGGGAGGACAGGCAGGGAAGGGGUGUUAAUGGCCCCAGAGAUCAUAGAGAAACCACAAUCUAGUGCCCCACUCCCCCCAUGCUCUGCAUGGCUUUGUUCUCCUGGGGCACCUGGACAAUGGGAGCUGGCUUUGGUGAGGGGGACACCCCGUCUUUUCCCUUCCUCCCCGCCAUUUAACUAACCCUUCAAACCCCUUUCCCCAGUCAUAGCACUCAUAGACCCUACAAUUCCAUGUUAAAUUCAGGAGCACCCCACCUUCCAGCUCUGCUGCAAACCAGGGAUCCCUCCCAACCACCCCAUCCCAUCGGUGGUGGGUUCCCCAAGCCAGCUCUGUGUGUGGGCAUCUGAGCAAGGUCAGGGCAGGAGCAAGGAAAGACAUCAGGCCUGAAUGCAGCAUGGUUUUUAAUAACUGGUCUAAUGAAAAGAAGAAAGAUGUCCCCUGAAAGAUGUUAAGCUCUCGACACCGAGAUUCAGGCUGUCAGACUGCCCCAUUCUUAGCCCCACCAAAUGCAAUUAUGGCAUUGGGGAAAGGUUCUCUUGUCAAAGCUUGUUUUGAGCAGCUGCUCAGCAAAAAAGCAAGGCAGGGUUGAUACCGUGGCAUGGAGUCUUGAUUCCCCUGCUGCUGUUGCUUUGGGCCUGUGCGUGUCAGGUUUUGCUUCUGUUAGUUUAGUUUCUGUACGGGUGAGAGGAAAUAGUUGCAGACGUGCUGUGGGAGUUGGGAAGGACACUGGGCCGAGUUAUAGGGGAAAAUACCCAGGAGUCUCCUGUUUGCUGGAAUUAAUACAGAGCCCCUUUAGUCUGCGUGGGUGGCUCUUUCACCCACCACAGGACCAGAAGUUCCUGAUGGCUGUGGAGCCUUUGUGGUCCCACUGUGUCAGAGAUAGCUCAGGGUUUGGGGAAACCCAUACAGUGUGCCCCAAAGCAAAGAUCUACUCUAGAAUGUGGGUGCCUUUGUGGGCCAGGGAGGCACAAGUGACUCCAACAUUGUGCAGAUCAUCCAUUUGCUCCCCCCAUGAAGAGGGUUAGCUAUUGCUCUGCUGCCAGGAACACCAGAGCUCUCCCCCAGCCUGGCUACUCAUGCCAUGCCCAAGGACCGCAGUUGACUCUGGCUUAGGCUUAUUUCAGUUCCCCUCCCCACAUCCCCACACCAGGGCAUUCCCAUUACUCGACUCCUUUAACUGAGCUGGUCCCCAAAUGCCUUUUGAAAGGGGAAGUGGGCCAGACCUGAGGGCGGUCCUGGACCUUAGCUGAGAACAGGACUGUUGCCCUUCCUGGCACUGGCAGUGGGGCACUUUUACUUAGGGAAAAGAUUAACCCAGGCAAAUCCCUUCGAGGGUUUCACCUAGAUGGACACCUGCUGGGCAAGAGGGCGCUGUGCUGUGGUUGGCCCUGGGUUGUGGUCUCAGUGACCUCAUGUUUUGUUUUUUUCACGUCUGUGAUUUCCCAUUUCUAACAUUUAGGUGAAGCGGAUACUUCUUGAGGGUGGGCUAUCGAGCACUCAGUGUUUAAAUGGGGCUCAACCCCAUCUCUUGAAGUCAGCCUUCUAUUUUGCAUGCCUGUAUUGUUGCUCACAAAGCUUUCUACACUCCAGUUUUUGCACACACCUCUUAGACUUGGAUGGUCAUUAGAUGCUUUGUUUGUGCAAACCUGAUCAGCUGGCACAUGCAUGUGAAUUCAGGGUUUUGAAUUUGCAUGAACUUGGGUGUGAAAAAUGGCAUGCAAAAACUUCAGUGUGGGGGAAUAUAUGUGCAAAAGCAAGUGUGAAAAUGGGGUUCCAUUACAGAGGCUGCUUUUGAAAAUGUGAUCUUCAAAGCAUGUCCGAUUGCCUCUCUCCAGUAGUGGGUAGAAUAAGCUGUCUCAAUUAGACAGCACUUGGAAAAGACCUCGUAAGGAAGGGGACAGUAUUACAAGUCCAGCACACUACUUGGGUUAAGUCAGGGAUCGGCAACCUUUGGCGCACGGCCUGCCACGGUAAGCCCCCUGGUGGGCCAGGCCUGUUUGUUUACCUGCUAUGUCCUCAGGUUUGGCCAGUCGCAGCUCCCGAUGGCCGUGGUUCGCCACUCUGGGCCAAUGGGGGCUGCGGGAAGCAGCGGCCAGCACAUCCCUUGGCCGUUAAGUAAACCAUAACAUCCCUGGGUUAAGUAAACCAUAGUUGUAUUAGGAAGGGCUAGUGUUCUAUUAAAUUCCAAGUGGUGCUGAUGGUAGAAACUGAAAUAAACAAAAAAUAAAUUGUGUGACUGAGACUACAGGAAAAUGAGGCUAUAACUCUGGGCAAACCCUGGCGAAAAAGCAAAGGUCACCAGCAGGCAGGGGUCUGAACUGUGCUGUGUUGUGAGCUUUUCUCAUCUGAAAUACAAGCAGAACAAGGCCUGAGCAAUAUUAAACCUUUCAGGGACAAAGGCAGGGAAAUCCAAAGCUAAGGCUGUUGUUUUCUCUUCCGAAGAAAGGCUUUUACUUCUUAGGACCCAAGUGCUUUUGCUGCCUAAUGUGCUAGCGAUAUCAGCAACUGUAACUGCAGAAACAGAGAACCGGGUCUCGGCUGGCAGGUGAAGAAAGACUUGAUUUAAGCGCUGUUGUUCGUUGGGUGUAUGUAUUUGUCAUUGGUGAGUCUGCAUCUAAAGUGUGUUCUGUUCAGAGCUGG